CGUACCAGCUUCCGUCUGCGCCGCAGGAGUUGACGUCCCGUCCGGCGCUGGCGGGGCAGGGGGGCGGACAACCAAAUAACUAAACGACCAGACCGCCCGUGGAGACCAUGCUGUCGGCUGCGUUUCUUCUCCUCCUCGCUCUCCCCGGCCUCUCCUACCGGAUACCUCCGCAUGAGGAGGUGGCCCGGGUGGCCCGAUUCGUCGCCAACCAGUGUGACUGGGCGUCCAUGGCCACGAUUUCGACCCACGACCCGGUGAAGGGUCAGCCCUUCUCCAACGCCUUCUCCGUCAGCGACGGUCCGGUCGGCUUCGGCACCGGAGUACCGUACCUGUACCUGACCCACAUGGAGAUCUCUGUUAAAGACCUGCAGGUGAACCCCCAGGCGUCUCUCUCCAUGUCUCUGGCCCAGACGGCUUACUGUAAGCAGCAGGGCUUCGACCCCCAGAGCCCCCUGUGUGCCCACAUCAUCCUGUCCGGCUCCGUGGUGGAGGUGAACGGCACAGAGGCACAGUUCGCUAAGAAGGCUUUGUUCAGUCGACACCCGGAAAUGAUCGACUGGCCGUCCGACCACAACUGGUUCUUCGCCAAGUUCAACAUCACCAAGGUGUGGGUGUUGGAUUACUUUGGAGGAGUGAAGACCGUCACCCCUGAAGAUUACUUCAAGGCCACGCCUUACAAGAAACACCAUCACAGAUGGGUAGUGUGACAUCGCACCGUCAACAUGGUGGGGGAGGGACUGUUGUGGACCCGCCAAAUGAUUCAAUUAGCCAGCUCAUUGGCUGUGAUUUGUGCUGGUUGUAAGAGUGGGUAACGCUGCAUAAUGAGUAUCUGUAAAUGGUGAUUAAUAAAUGAGUAAUAGGGUACACUUUCUAAGCUCUUGCAACACACUUGUUAACAUUUCCAGACAGCUAUUCAUUAUAAAGUGUGACCUAAGAGCGAGACAUCUUUAACGGCAAUAUUCCCAGAGUGAUUGUAUUUUGUUGAUGAAAUCCUGGUCUCAGAUUAAAAAGUCUAUGCGUUAUUGGAGUGUACAGCUAUGGUCAGGUUUGUGUGAAAAAGUUAAAAGCUUGGCUUUGUCAUAAAUUAUAUAGAAUAAUAUAAAAUAUAAAAAUGCAACUCGACUGAUUGAUGAAUUCAACACGUUGUUUUUAAUUUAGCUUGUCUGCAGUGCCGUCGUUUGAACACUAGGGGGCAAAGUAGUGGCUCGGUGCAAAGCCAUGAAGAACAAAAUUUUGAAUUAUUUUGAUGUGGGAUACAGUCAGUAAAGCUGCGGUUUAUCUUGACAAGGUUUUUCUUUAUUUUCAUGUCCAAAGGCCAAACAUUAAUAAUUAUUGGACUAAUUGUGCAUUCUGGAGGUCAAAGGUUGUGAACAGAGUUUAGAUUUAAUUCUUAUGACCAUGAAUGCUGUCACAAGACUUCAUCCCCUGUUUCAAAUAAACGGGGCGAAGACACUGAUUCAGAAGCUCCUUAGGUUCAUUAUUGCAUCAUAUAUUUGCAACGUUUCAACCAUCACUGGUGUUCAUCAGGGAAACCUUGGCCCGACUGGGGUUGGACGUGCGCAUUAUUUUCUGUUUUCCUGUUUUGCCAUGUACAGAAAGCUGUGCUUCUAUUACAGACAUACGUUGAAUUUCAAACGUAGCCAAGGGUGAUUUUUUUUUUUAUCCGUUAAGUUGUCACAGCACAUUGCCCUUUCAUAAAUAACCUAUGAUUCUUUAUUGUUAUUAAUUGUUGGAGAUGUCUCAUAUGACAAAUGAUUUUGGCUUGUUAGUGAUGGGAAAAGUAUUCAUUCAUCUAAAAUCAAUGUUUGGCUCUUGAUUUUAUGUUGAUUUGCUCAUGCCCAUGUUUGAUUUAUUAUGUUUUGAUUUUCAUGUCAGGGUAUCAUGAACCAGUUAUAAUACGUGUUUCUAUUAAAAGAGCUUUCUUACAACGUUCUGUAAAAAAAAAAUUCUUUAGACUUUAGUCGAGAGACGGAAGCGGCCUUAUGCCUUAUACUACUCAAUAACUGACAUGAAAAAUUUUUUACUUUUAUAAACUUUUGUGACAUUUUUGGUGUAAUCUAUUGAGUGAUUGAAUGAAUAAAGUUUUAUUUUACAUAACAA